UUAUGCAAUGGAUGUUGGAUCGCACACCUAUUUGGAAAACUGCAGAAUGCGUUGUAAACUCAAAUUAAGGAGUAUGCUUAACGAGACACUUUUCAGAGAUGCCUCGGAAAAUGGGAAUGAAAUUAAUCUUUUAGAAAGCGGAAAAAGGUCCGUAGUUACGAAAAAAAGAAGUGAACAAGCAGAAAGGGAGAGCAAGAAAACUUGAUCAAUUCCUUUCUGCACAAGCAGCUUUUCAUGUGCUGGUUUCUCACUGUAUGUAUGAACAAAAUGUACUGUUGAUUCUAGAAAAUACAUUUCUGAGAAAACAUCUUGUUACUUUUGAAUAUUUCUCGUAGAUCAUACUAUUAUUGUUUAGAAGCAUCCACCUUUACCGGAGCCGCUCUUUUGUUCGUCAUUUCUCUUUUCCUUUCAGAUUUAGAAACAGAAUAUAUUCCUCGGUUUUCAACAGAAUAAUGCUGGACUUUUACUAUUCAAAAGUUCCAUUUUCUGUCUAUAAUUGUGAUACGAUUUGGGCGUUUUAAUCAAAAUCAAAAUUUAGAGUACAAAUUUGAUGAUUGAAAAAAAGAUUUCUCUAAUUUAAGAUAAAAUAUUAAUACGAUUAUCAAGCAAUAUACCGAAUGAAAGAAUAACACAUUUUAUUCGAAAAGAAGUAUUAUUCAAGAAAAUCGAAGAAAUAUUUUCAAAAUCAAAUAAAUAUGUUACUAUUAGCGGUUAUGCUGGUUCGGUACAAGAUACAUGUCAAGAUGAUAAAGAUAUUUAUCAACGUUAUCUUGCGACAACCGAUGUAGAUCCGUGCUUAGUAUUUGUUGUACUCUUUUAA